GAGAAUAUGAAUUUAAUCAAAAUUCAAAUUUGUUAUAGUAGCGAAAAGUAUAGCAAGUGUGAAUCCUCGAAGUGACAAUUGUCAUCCCUCAACUUUUCUUAUAGUUUGAUCUCGUCAUUUGCACCACCCUCCAUAAGUCCACCAAGUCUUCUUCCGAGUUCCGCCCGUGAAGGACGCCAAACCUGAGCUAUCCGUCCUUGCUAGUUUUCAGCCAAGUCGUCUGUAGACAAAUGUGGAAGAAGAGAAGAAGGUCAUCAAAUUCUUGUUGUUCUCCAAUCAAUGGAGCCAUGGAGGACUACAAAUGCACCAUUCGCCAAAAAGUUCAGCAUCACUUGAAAAUCAAACCGCAAAAAACAUACAUCACCCUUCCAAACGUAAAAACCUAACGCAGCCAUAGCUUCCAGUAUGGAACCCAAAACACCCUCAUUUGCACUAACCCUAAUAGCUUGCCUCCUCCUCCUCCUCCCUCUACUAUCCCACGCUCACGUCCUACACAACUCAACAUCAUCACCGUCAUCUCGAGUCGCCUUCCUCCAACACCUCAAAGGCUGCCACAAGGGCGACAAGCUCAAGGACAUCCCCAAGCUCAAAGCCUACCUCCACAAGUUCGGAUACCUCGACUACACCAACCAAACCUCCCCUUCUUCCAAUGACCACUACUUCGACCACCGCCUCGAGAACGCCCUCAAGACUUACCAGGCCAACUACCACCUCAACGUCACCGGCGCCAUGGACUCCGCCACCGUCGCCUCCAUGAUGACCCCACGCUGUGGCGUGGCUGACAUCAUCAACGGCACCAACUACAUGCAAACCCCACGACGUCACGGUAGUACUGGCCGGCUUCACGCCGUGUCUCACUACUCGUUCUUCCGGGGGAACCCCAGGUGGAGAGCUUCGAAGACGAGGCUCUCCUACCAGAUCCUCCCGGGGACCCCGGAGGAAGCGGUGGCGCCGGUGGCGCGUGCUUUCCAGACGUGGGCCGAGAACACGCAGUUCGAGUUCCGGAGGGUCGGUGGGGACCCCGGAGACGACACCGUGGACAUCAGGGUGGGGUUCUACAGCGGGGACCACGGGGACGGGUUUCCUUUCGACGGCGUGGGUAGGUCGGUGGCUCACGCGUUUGCGCCGGAGGACGGUAGGUUUCACUACGAUGCGGACGAGAGUUGGGGGAUCAGGAACCCCCGGGCGAUGGACUGGGAGACGGUGGCGCUGCAUGAGAUCGGCCAUCUCUUGGGGCUCGACCAUAGCGACGUGGAGGAGGCGAUUAUGUUCUCCAUUAUUCGUGUUGGAGCUGUGAAGGGUUUGAAUGCCGAUGAUAUUCAAGGGAUCAGGGCUUUAUAUAACGUUUGAUCCCUGCUUACUUACUUUAAUUUGGUGGGUAAGCUACGUACGUACGUACUAUAAUCUAAGUAUACGGUAUAUAACGUAUACGUAGGCUGGGAUAUAUAUGCUUCAAUAAAUAAAUGGGUACCUAUAUACGUACACAAGUGGAGAGAAAUUUCCGUGGCAGAUUCAAGGAAUUUUAUACUUCUAAAAGUUAAAUUAUAUCCAAUAUUUUAUCAUUUGAAUGAUUUUAUGUCACAUAUAUAGAUGAUUACUAUUGAGGUUGGAUAAUUCAUUUCUUAAAUUAUAAGAGUAUCUCGUUACAACGUAAAUAUCUUUUUCACUCAUACACAUGUUGAUUUUGCUGAACUGAACUGAACAAUAAACGACACACAGAUUU